CUUAUGUUUCCACAGGCUUAAAGAGAGCCUGACAGACCCACAGACACCCUUUGAGAUGGUUUAUUGAGGAACUGAAAAAGGAAGACCUACAUAAACAUGCAAGUUUGCAAAGCAGAGAUUCAAAGACAGAUAAGACAUCAGAGACCUUUCACAACUGGGGCCGCGAAAACACCUCUUUGAUGGACACCGUUCACAUGGACUGAGAACUUCAAAAGCGCAAUGGAGAACAACGCUACCCUGAUGUUCCCCAACACAUCAAAAAUUCUCAGGCAAGACAGAAAAUGCCAGAUGGACAACACCAACCUGCAGGUGCCACUGGCUAUUUUCUACGCUCUCUUCUUUUUGUUUGGAUUGGUUGGGAACCUGUUGGCUCUCUGGGUCUUUUUGAGAGUGCAUUCUAAAAAGAAUUCCAUUCGCAUUUUCCUCAUUAACUUAGCUCUGGCCGACCUGCUUCUCGUCAUCUGCCUGCCUUUCCGGGUGGCGUACCAUUCCAACAACGACCGUUGGGUGCUGCCGCCGGUCAUGUGCAGGAUAGUGGGCAACGUCUUUUAUACCAACAUGUACAUCAGUAUAACUUUACUAGGUCUCAUUAGUGUCGACCGUUACUUGAAGUUUCAAAUGGCGUCCUGCAGACGGAUGUUCCUGCAGAGCAGGUGGAGUGUGCUCCUCUGUUGCAUCAUUUGGACUUUGGCUUUUGCUGCUUUGGUGCCACUGAUCAUCCAGGCUGCCGAAAACAACGAGUCCCAAAAGUGCUUCCAAUACAAAAAACUAAACAAUUCCAAAUGGAUAGCUUACUUCAAUUUUGUCAUCGUGGCUCUUUUUUGGGUGGUCUACGCAGGCUUGGUCAUCUCCUACGGAAAGAUUGGAAUGAAGCUCUUUACAACUUCCAGAGAGAAACCGGAUUUCCCCAAUGCGACCAAGUACAACAAAACAGCAUGGAAGUCGUUUUUUGUGCUCUUUUUGUUCACACUGUGUUUUGUGCCUUAUCAUUCUGUGAGGAUUUUUUAUAUUACUUCACAGAUGACGCCUGACACAUCUUGUGACUGGGUAAAGUUGAUGGAUAAAACUAAUGAAAUAGUUUUGCUACUAUCAGCUCUCAAUAGCUGUUUGGACCCGGUGAUGUACUUCCUGCUGUGUGGAUCUAUUCGGAAAGUAAUGCUGAAGAUCGUCUGUCGUGGUUGUUGUCUGCAAAACACUGGAUUUUUCAAUACUAGUAACGCUCCACAAGAACAAGUGAAUGCAGCUGUGCCUAUGACAGCGGCUCAGGAGCACAAACUAGCAAAAACAUGUCAUUAUUGUGACUGAUCUGAAAACACUCCAAACUAGUUACAGAGUAAAGUUACACAGAUCAUGUGUCUAAAGUCAGGUGUGCAGUGUAAUUGGUGUUUAUUAAAUACUUUAACAUUUCUGUGUAUUUCCUUGUAUUAUCUGUCAGAAACACUACUUUGUUACUAAAAUAUUUUUGACAAAAACAUCAAGCACGAACAUUAAGACGUUUUUGUAAUUGUACCAUUUUUGUAUAUAAUAAUAAACAUGUUUAUGAUUUGUAUAAUAUGAGAAGUACUAUACUUAUGAAUUACUUUCAACUGGCCAUUCUGCGCAAUAACAUCUAGAUAUACUGUAUAGUCGCUGGGUUCUAGGAAGCUGCAACCACUGUGUAUAUUGCAAAACAGGGGAAACCCGUGCACCUACCUAUUCAGUGGUAAUCAUGUAAAAUUAAACACAUUGUAAGUUGACAUAUC